AUGCAAGAAAUACUUCUUGCCUUGGAAAAAGGCCAACAAGGACUUCAGAAGGAGCAAGAAAAGAUACGUCUAGAAAUUUCCGAUAUACACAAAAACAUGAAUGGCCAAACAAUUCCAAAGUCAACUCCAGUCCAUAAUAAUAUUGGUGGGCCAACUACAAGACCAGUUCCAAAUAUAAAAACCAUAACUCUGAGACAUAUAUACAAAAUGAUGGGCCAAGAUCUUGGGGCAACACUCAACACUUGCACCCAUCUUGUCUGUGAUGAAUUGGCCCUAAUGCAUUCCGUACAAGCUCUAGGAUCAAAUCCAAGCUGGAGCUCAAUAUCCCAAGAAGACAAGAACUACAUGUGCACCAGGCAUGCACUUUUACUCAAAAGAAACGGCAUAGACUUUACCAGAUGUCACAAGAACUGGGCAUCCAUUGCAAAAGUUAGUCAAUUAUGGAAAAACCGUAAAAAGCGACAGUAA